UGCCCUUCGGGCUCCGGCUCCGAUACCGAAAACACGCGGCCCCAGGAGAACACCUUCCCCAAGGGCGAGCCGGACCUGAAGAAGGAGACCGAAGAGGACAAGUUCCCCGUGUGCAUCCGGGAGGCCGUCAGCCAGGUGCUCAAGGGCUACGACUGGACGCUGGUGCCCAUGCCCGUGCGCGUCAACGGCUCCAGCAAGAACAAGCCGCACGUCAAGCGGCCCAUGAACGCCUUCAUGGUGUGGGCGCAGGCGGCGCGCAGGAAGCUCGCGGACCAGUACCCGCACCUGCACAACGCCGAGCUCAGCAAGACGCUGGGCAAGCUCUGGAGGCACGGGCUCUCCGCGGUGCCGCUGCCACCAGCUGGUGGUGGGGGCCGCUGGGGAGACGCUUGGCAAAUAACUGAGGGCCUGGCUGGAGAGGCAAGGAAACUGAGGCAGCCUGACCCUGAGGUGCCGGGCCAGGCGCAGCGAACGCACAUCAAGACGGAGCAGCUGAGCCCCAGCCACUACAGCGAGCAGCAGCCGGCGCCCGCGCAGCAGAUCGCCUACAGCCCCUUCAGCCUCCCGCACUACAGCCCCUCCUACCCGCCCAUCACGCGCUCGCAGUACGACUACGCCGAGCACCAGAACUCGGGCUCCUACUACAGCCACGCGGCCGGCCAGGGCUCGGGCCUCUACUCCACCUUCACCUACAUGAACCCGGCGCAGCGGCCCAUGUACACGCCCAUCGCCGACACCUCCGGGGUCCCCUCCAUCCCGCAGACGCACAGCCCGCAGCACUGGGAACAGCCCGUCUACACACAGCUCACCAGACCCUGAGGAGCCCGGCGCGGGGGCGCGGCGAUCGUGAAAAUAACCGAAGAAAGAAAGAAAGAAAGAAAAGAGGAAAAAAC